CGCGAGCUGGCGCGUCUAGCGGCGUCAUCAUUCUUCGAGAGGUGUACCUUCCAAACCGGCUCAGCUCGGCUCGGGUUCCCACCUUCCUCCUCCCUCGAGACCAAGGAACCAGCGGGAGGCCGGUCGCGGCAAGGCCUCCUUCGGACGCCACCAUGAUGAGGCGCAACAGGGCGGAAGUAGAUCGCUACGUCUCCUCGUUGCAGGCCUCGGCCCCUUCGCCUAGAGAGAAAUCCAUGAAAGGAUUCUUUUUCGCUAAACUGUAUUAUGAAGCAAAGGAAUAUGAACUUGCUAAAAGGUACAUAUCUACAUAUCUUGGUGUUCAAGAAAGAGAUCCCAAGGCACACAAAUUCUUGGGUCAACUGUAUGAAGCAGAAGAUAACAUAGAGAAAGCAGUAGGCUGUUACAAGCGUUCAGUGGAGUUGAACCCAACACAGAAAGACCUCGUAUUGAAGAUUGCAGAACUACUAUGCAAUAAUGACAUUACUGAUGGAAGAGCAAAAUACUGGGUUGAGAGAGCAUCUAAGCUCUUUCCUGGGAGCCCUUCAGUUUUCCGACUGAAGGAGCGUCUGUUGGAUUGCAAAAGUGAAGAUGGGUGGAAUCAGCUCUUUGACUUGAUCCAGUCAGAAUUGUAUGCCAGACCAGAUGAUGUCUAUGUUAACAUCAGAUUAGUAAAGCUAUACAUGUCAAACAAAAGACUUGGAGAUGCUGUGACACAUUGUCAGGAAGCAGAGAAGAAAAUUUCCCUCCAGUCAAGUUUGGAAUGGUGCUCAUGUGUUGUUCAGACACUUAAGGAAUAUCUGGAAUCUGCACAGGACUCUGAAUCUGAUAAAACUAGCUGGAGAAAGACGCAUCGGGAUCUCUUGUUGGCUUACUCCAAUCUAGUUGUAAUGACACUUUCAAACAGAGGUGUAGAAGAAAGCAGAGAAUCCCUUGAAAGCUUUGAUCAUGCACUUCAUUCAGUGAAAGAACAAGCAGCUAGAGGCGAUGAACUUUCUGUAACAUUCCUGGAAAUGAGAGGCCACUUCUAUAUGCAUGCUGGAAAUCUGCUGUUGAAAAUGGCUCAGCAGAGUGAGAUGCAGUGGAGAGCUGUUUCUGAAUUGGCUGCUUUGUGUUACCUUCUCGCUUUUCAGGUUCCUAGACCAAAGUCAAAACUAAUAAAAGGAGAUCAAGCUGAACAAGAGAAGUUGGAAAUGUUAGCCUGCGACCGACAGAGCCAAUCUGGACAUAUGCUGCUAAACCUAAGCUACAGCAAGCAGGAUUUUUUGAAGGAGAUUGUUGAAUCAUUUGCAAACAAGAGUGGGCAAUCUACCUUAUUUGAUGCAUUAUUUGGGAGUAGUUCUAGAGAAAGCUCAUUCCUUGGCACUGAUGAUAUCCGAAAUGUUGGUGUACAGGCACCAGAAUACAUUGAAUUAACUAGAUAUGAUAUCGGUGCCAUCAGAGCGCACAGUGGUAGUCUCCAACACCUCACAUGGCUUGGUCUGCAGUGGAACUCCGUACCAACUUUUCAAGCAAUUCGCAAGUGGUUAAAGCAGCUUUUUCAUUUGCCUCAGGAAACAUCAAGGCUUGAAACCAACGCUCCUGAAUCAAUUUGCAUGUUGGACCUUGAAGUAUUUCUGCUUGGGGUGAUAUUUACGAGUCGUUUGCAAUUAGAAGAAAAGUUUAAUACUCGGUACAUUGUCCAUCAGCCUCGAUUCUUGCCACUGCCGGUAUACAAACAGCUUUGUACUGAAAGGCAACGAGCCUGGUGGGAUGCUGUUUAUCACAAACGAGCAGUACCUGGGACAGCAGCAAAAAUGAGACUUCUCAUUCAGCAUGAAUUAAGCAUCCUCAGGGCAUUAGGAAAACAUGGUCUUCAACCAGCUCUGAUUGUGCACUGGGCAAAAAGUCUUCUUAGAACGGGCUGUGGUCUUAACUCUUUCUAUGACCAAAGGGAAUAUAUUGGACGAAGUGUUUAUUAUUGGAAGAAAGUUUUGCCAAUGCUGGAGAUAAUCAAGAAGAAGAAAAGUAUUCCUGAACCAAUUGACCCUUUGUUCAAGCAUUUUCAUAACGAAGAUAUUCAGGCUUCCCAGGUUGAUGAAUAUCAAGAAGAAGCACACAUAGCAUUCGCUAUUUUAGAUGCUGUUGAUGGAAAAACAGAUGAUGCUAUGAAAGCAUUUGAAGCUAUUAAAAAUGUUGUUGCGUACUGGAAUCUUGCUCUGAUUUUCCAGAGGAAAGCUGAAGAGAUGGAAAAUGAUGGUAUGUCACUAGAAGAACAAGAAGAAUGCAGGAAUUAUCUAAAGAAGAGCAGAGACUAUCUCAUAAAGAUAAUUGAUGAAAGCUGCACAGAUACUUCAGUCAUUGAAAAGUUACCUGUCUCCAUUGAAACAGUUAAGGAGAUGCUGGAAUGUGUAAUGCAAGAACUUGGGGACAAUGGUGAAGAAAGGAGUCAUACCUUAAACAAUGAUUUGAGCCAAUCAGCAGAAACAGAGAUGAAACAUUCCAGUCCGUCACCCACAAAAUUUUCACUCUCUCCAAGUAAAAGCUACAAGUUCUCUCCCAAAACCCCUCCUCGCUGGGCAGAGGAUCAAAAAUCUCUACUUCAGAUGAUCUGCCAGCAAGUAGAAUCUAUUAAGAAUGAGAUGCAUGAAAUGAAACUUAACAAUUCUAAUGCAAACACACCUCAUCGAUGGCCGGCUGAAAGCUAUGCAACAGAAACUAUGUCGGAUGGCUAUCAAGGAGCACAGAACUUCCAUGGAGCACCCUUAACAGUUGCUACAACAGGUCCAUCAGUCUACUACAAUGCAUCACCAGCUUAUAAUUCCCAGUAUCUUCUAAGGACAGCAGCCACCAAUGUGACCCCCACAAAGCCUCCAGUCUACGCCAUGAACAGGCUUACACCUCAGCAACACAUAUAUUCAUAUCAACAGCCAAUGCAUACUCCUCCACUGCAGAACACCUCGACUUGUAUGUUUUCACAAGAAAUGUAUGGUACUUCACUGCGCUUUGAUUCUCCUGCAACUGGAAUUUUGUCUCCUCGUGGCAAUGAGGACUACUACAAUUACAGUGUGCCACCAACAAGCACAAAUCCUCCACUUCCUGAGCCAGGGUAUUUCACAAAGCCUUCAGCAGCUGCCCCAGUUUCCAGGUCUGCAGAAUCAAAGGUGAUAGAAUUUGGGAAGCCUAACUUUGGGCAGUCUUUACCGGCAGAUGGAGCAAAAUCUUCACUGAUAACCUCAGCUCAGUCAACUCAGCCAACCACUUUCAAAUUUAAUUCGAAUUUCAAAUCUAAUGAUGGUGAUUUUACUUUUUCAUCACCUCAAGUUGGAGCACAGCCCCAUAGUGCACCAUAUAGUAACAGUGACAGUCUUUUGGGCCUUCUGACAUCAGAUAAACCUAUCAAAGAAGAUCGAUACACAGGACAGAAGCCACUUGCUGAAUAUGCUGCUGGACAACGCAACAUCUUCAGUUUUGGUGCCAAGAAUCCUCCAAGCAUUUCAUUUACAGAUAAAAUGGGACAAAAUCAACCCAAGUCCUCUGGGUUUGGCAAGGGCGAUGUGUUCAGCUUCCAGGAACCUGGCAAACCCAUUUUUGGUACUCCACAUUCGGAUAUAGCAAACAGAAGUCAUGAAACGGAUGGAGGAAGUGUCCAUGGUGGUGAUGAAGAUGAUGACGGCCCUCAUUUUGAACCUGUUGUGCCAUUACCAGACAAGAUCGAAGUAAAAACAGGAGAGGAAGAUGAAGAAGAAAUCUUCUGCAACAGAGCAAAACUCUUUCGUUUUGAUGCUGAAUCCAGGGAGUGGAAAGAGAGAGGUGUUGGUAAUGUGAAAAUUCUGAGGCAUAAAAUAACUGGCAAAAUCCGACUACUUAUGAGACGAGAGCAAGUGCUGAAAAUUUGUGCAAAUCACUAUAUAAAUCCUGAUAUGACUUUGAAACCAAAUGCUGGAUCAGACAAAUCGUUUGUGUGGCAUGCCUUGGACUAUGCAGAUGAAUUGCCAAAACCUGAGCAACUUGCCAUCAGAUUUAAAACUCCAGAGGAAGCAAUGCUUUUCAAGCAGAAGUUUCAAGAGGCCCAAAACAGUUUGAAAUGUUCUGAAUCAGAUGGUAGUCAGCAGGUUCCUCAGAACAUUGGAUCAUUAAGAGAAAUUAUUACUCAGGAUGCAAAGGAUUCUGCUAAAUCUGACCCUGGAUACCUCAACUCUGGAUUCCAUUUCAAGAAUAGAUUAUCGUCUGUCAGUAGUAGUUGUCAGCUUCCUGGUCCUGAUGUGAGCAAUACUGCAAAAAACGCUACGACCAAAAACACUUUUACAAUUCCAUCAAGUGGAGCUCCACCUGCAGCCUUUUCUUUUGGAAAGGAAGUCCCAGGAGCACAUACUACACAUGGAUUUGGUGAGCAGUUCAUGUUAAAGAAAGAUCAGUGGGAAUGUAACACAUGCCUUGUCAGAAAUAAAAUAACUGCACAGAAUUGUGUAGCAUGCCAGACUCCAAACCCAUCUAAUAGGGAAGUACAAGCUGUGCUUCUUCCGACAGAAUCAGCUAUAACUUUCAAGCCCAACACUGAAAGCACACACAGUACAUUUGGACUCACUUCCAAUAAAAAGGAGAACCAAUGGGAAUGCAGGGUCUGUUCUGUGAGAAAUGAAGCCAAUUUGUCUCAUUGUAUUAGCUGCAAGAAUCCCAGUGGAACUAACGCACCAGUGCUUGGUCCUCAAACUACAUUCAAAUUUGGCCAAACGGAUACUUCAAAGGUCCCUCAGAGUGGUUUUGGCUCUGCUUUUAUGAAAAAGGAGGGCCAGUGGGACUGCAAUGUAUGUUUGGUACGAAACGACGGCUCUUUGUCAACUUGUGCAGCUUGUCAAACUCCAAAUCCGUCCAGCAAUGUUCAGAGUGGUUUUGGGUCUGCUUUUAUGAAAAAGGAGGGCCAGUGGGACUGCAAUGUAUGUUUGGUACGAAACGAUGGCUCUUUGUCAACUUGUGCAGCUUGUCAAACUCCAAAUCCAUCUAAUGAUGUCCCAGCUCUCCCUGCUAGUGCUCCACCAUCUGUGUUUGGCUUCAAAAGCAAAUUAUCUGAACCCACUGGAGGACCACAAGGGACAGGUUUUAAAUGUGACAUUUCAGAGAAAGGUUUUAAGUUUGGCCACCCUGCAGAACAAGGAAAGUCUCCCUUCACAUUUCAGAUUCCUGUUAGUACUGAAACUAAGCCUGCACAAGGAGGGUUUAAUUUUUCAAUGCCUGUGCCACCAGGUGAAUUUAAAUUUGGUAUACAAGAACCUAGUAAAAAUGUAACUGCAAAACAGAGUAAAGAAGAUAGUCUCUUAAAAGGCAUUGAAGAAAAAAAGACAUUUGAGGAAGACUCUCCAGUCAAAUCUCAUGAUACAUCUAGCAAACAGAGCAGUGAUUUGGUUUUUGGCCAACAUGGUAGCACUUUCACUUUUGCCGAUUUGGCAAAAACAUCUGGCGAAGGGUUUCAGUUUGGUAGGAAAGAUCCAAAUUUCAAGGGUUUUACAGGUGCAGGCGAAAAGCUCUUUUCUUCUCAGGGUGCUAAAACUUCCAAAGCAAAUACUUCUGAUUUUGAAAAGGAUGAUGAAGCAUAUAAAACAGAAGACAGUGAUGAUAUUCAUUUCGAACCUGUUGUCCAGAUGCCUGAAAAAGUGGAACUUGUGACGGGUGAAGAGGAUGAGACGGUGUUGUAUUCACAAAGAGUAAAACUAUUUCGUUUUGAUGCAGAAAUUAGCCAGUGGAAAGAACGUGGUGUGGGCAACUUGAAAAUCCUUAAGAAUGAAGUUAAUGGGAAACUACGAAUGCUCAUGCGGCGUGAGCAGGUCUUGAAGGUUUGUGCAAACCAUUGGAUCACGACUACCAUGAACUUGAAGCCACUCUCUGGUUCUGACAAAGCAUGGAUGUGGUUAGCCAGUGACUUCUCUGAUGGCGAUGCAAAGCUGGAGCAACUAGCAGCUAAAUUCAAAACACCAGAGCAGGCUGAGGAGUUCAAAUUGAAAUUUGAAGAAUGCCAAAGGCUCCUGCUGGAUAUACCACUCCAAACCCCUCACAAACUUGUAGAUACUGGGAAAACAGCUGAGCUCAUACUGAAAGCAGAAGAAAUGAAAAGUGGGCUGAAACAUCUUAAAACCUUCCUGACAGAUGAUAAAACUAAACUCGGAGAUGAAGAAAGUAAAAACUCUGUUUCUGCCACAAACGCUUCCGAUUUGGUUAUAAAGCCACAUGCUGAAAGUACUGGCCCUACAUUAGAAUGGGACAACUAUGACUUACGUGGAGAAGCACUGGAUGAUAGUACAGAUAGUUCUGUGUAUGCAUUGCCUCGGGCCAGUAGCCCUGUGAGGAAAAAUCUGUUUAGGUUUGGGGAAUCUACCACAGGGUUUAACUUUAGUUUCAAAUCUGCGCUAAGUCCCUCAAAGUCUCCUUCCAAACUGAACCAAAGUAGAUCCUCUGUAGGCACAGAUGAGGAGACUGACAUUACCCAAGAAGAUGAAAGAGAUGGCCAGUACUUUGAGCCAGUGGUACCUUUACCUGACCUUGUAGAAGUAACGAGCGGGGAAGAGAAUGAGCAAGUUGUCUUCAGUCACCGAGCUAAACUGUAUAGAUAUGAUAAAGACGCUAAUCAGUGGAAAGAGAGGGGCAUUGGGGAUAUCAAGAUCUUGCAGAACUAUGACACUAAACAAGUUCGUAUAGUCAUGAGACGGGACCAGGUAUUAAAGCUCUGUGCCAAUCAUAGAAUAACCCCAGAUAUGACCAUCCAGCAAAUGAAAGGCACAGAGCGAGCAUGGGUAUGGACUGCCUGUGACUUUGCUGAAGGGGAAAGGAAAAUAGAGCUCUUGGCUGUGCGAUUUAAGCUGCAAGAUGUUGCUGACUCCUUCAAGCAAAUUUUUGAGGAAGCAAAACAUGCUCAAGAAAAAGAUGCAUUAAUCACACCACUUUCUUCACGUGCCAAUACCCCAAAGGAAUCUCCAUGUGGAAAGAUUGCAGUUGCUGUACUGGAAGAAACCACCAGGGAGAGAACUGAUUUAAAGCAGGAAGAAGAAACUGUUAUACAAACUCCAGAGGUUUCAUCAGUGGUCGGAACUUCUGAGACACCAACAAAAGCCGUAGUUUCGCCACCCAAAUUUGUGUUUGGCUCCGAGUCUGUCAAAAGUAUUUUUAACAAUGAAAAAUCAAAACCUUUCACGUUUGGAAACACAUCAGCAACUGGAUCUCUUUUUGGCUUCAGUUUUAAUGCUUCUCCCAAGAGCAAAAGUGAUAGCUCAGUGUGUCAGAUCAUGAAACAGAGAGAACCAGAGAGCACACAUGAUGCUAUGACUUCCAAAGUUGCUGAAUAUCAAGAAAGAGGCGCUGCUGGUGGCAAAGGGGAAAUUCAAGUGGCUACAUCAAAAGCAGAAGGAUUUUCUAAUUUUUCAUUUAAAACACUAGAAAAAGGAUUUAAUUUUAACCUUUUUAAAUCUAACCCAAUGGCCUUUUGGACCAGCGCAUCUCCCCCUCAACCCAGUAGUAAAGCAGUUGAGAUUAAGAAGGAACCAGAUACAGUCACAUCCGAUGAUGUAUUUAUUGUAUACGAGUUAACACCCACUCCUGAGCAAAGAGCUCUUGCAGACUCUCUUAAAUUACCUCCAACGUUUUUCUGCUACAAGAACAAACCUGGGUAUCUGAGUGAAGAUGAUGAUGAUGAGGACUAUGAAACAGCUGUAAAGACACUUAAUGGAAAGUUGUACCCUGAUGAACCUGAAGAACACACACAAUUUCAGGAAAUUGACACAAGAGAAAAAGAACCAGAAAGUAGGAAUGACUGUGUUCUUGUAUGGGAAAAGAAACCAACUCCUGAAGAAAAAGCUAAAGCAGAGACCCUGAAGCUUCCGCCAACCUUUCUCUGUGGUAUUGGCAGUGACACUGAUGAAGACAAUGACAACUUGGAAGAUUUCCAAACAGAACUUAGAAAAGUUCAAGAAACGAAAGAUACUCAGGUGGAAGAAGUAACCAGUUCAACUGAAGAAGUAACCAGUUCAACUGAUGAUGUUUGCACCACAAAAGAAGAAGAGCCUACUGUUGCGGCCAGUAGGACUGAAGAACCAGAUUCUACCACCGAACCUACACACAUUAUACAGACUUUAUUAGGAACAGAAGAUAAACCUGUUGACUUGUCAACUAAAAAAGAAAGUGAUUCCAGAUCUACAGCCUCUACAAACCAAGAAAACAAACCUUUCUCAUUUGCCCUUGGCAACAUACCUGGCUUGUCAUUUGCUGAUCUGGCUUCAAAUAAUUCUGGAGAUUUUGCUUUUGGUGCUAAAGCAGACAGAAACUUCAAGUGGGCAAAUACAGGAGCAACUGUAUUUGGAGUACAGGCAUCCACUAAAGGAGAGAAUGAAGAUGAUGGAAGUGAUGAAGAAGUUGUACAUAGUGAUGAUAUUCACUUUGAACCAAUAGUAUCACUGCCAGAGGUUGAAGUGAAGUCAGGAGAAGAAGAUGAAGAAAUUAUCUUCAAAGAAAGGGCAAAACUCUAUAGAUGGGACAGAGAAGUCAAUCAGUGGAAAGAACGUGGUGUUGGAGAAAUAAAGAUCCUCUUCCAUACACAGAAGAAAUGCUAUAGAAUUUUAAUGAGAAGGGACCAAGUUCUCAAAGUCUGUGCAAACCAUAUAAUCACAAAAGCAAUGGACUUAAAACCCCUGAAUACCUCAAAUAAUGCUAUGGUUUGGACUGCAACAGAUCAUGCUGAUGGUGAAGCUAAGAUAGAACAGCUUGCAGUCAGGUUUAAAAACCAAGAGCUGGCCGAUUUGUUCAAGAGGAGAUUUGAAGAAUGUCAACUAAGCUUGUCAGAGUUGCAGAAGGGCCACAUAUCCCUGGCAGCAGAAUUGUCAAAAGAAACUAACCCUGUGGUAUAUCUUGAAGUUUCCGCUGAAGAGGAGCCUCUAGGGCAUAUAACCAUAGAAUUGUUUUCAAAUAUCGUUCCUCGCACUGCUGAAAACUUCAGAGCAUUAUGCACAGGAGAAAAAGGAUUUGGAUUCAAAAACUCCGUAUUUCACAGAAUAAUUCCAGAUUUUGUCUGUCAAGGAGGUGAUAUUACUAAACAUGAUGGCACAGGUGGAAAAUCCAUUUAUGGAGAUUCAUUCGAAGAUGAAAACUUUGAAAUAAAACACACUGGUCCUGGCUUAUUGUCAAUGGCAAACCAUGGCAGAGACACCAAUAAUUCUCAGUUCUUUAUUACUCUAAAAAAGGCAGAGCACUUGGACUUCAAUCAUGUUGUCUUUGGGUUUGUAAAGGAUGGUAUGGAUGUUGUUAAAAAAAUGGAAACUUUUGGAUCUUCCAAAGGAGUGUCAAAAAGAAUUGUGAUUACAGACUGUGGGCAAAUAUAAAUUCAUUGCUCUGACAUUUAUGCAGAUUAAGAAAAUUUAAUGUUCAACAGAUUUAGAUAAAAUUAUGUUCAGGUUUUUUUUUUAAAAAAAAUGAACAUUUCUGAUGUAUAAAUGUAAAAUUACAGCUUAUAGCUGAGUACUUUUUUAAUGUGUUUCAAUUGACUUUGCAUGUUGUGAAAUAAAAGUUCAAACACUGGUAAAUUUCAGGUGUAUUUUUGUUUCCUCCUGAUUUUUGUAUUAAAUAAUUUAAAAUGAAAUCCCUGGAGUCUGAAGUUCUGUCAACCUGGUUUGUGCAAGUUUCCCAGUUUGCCUGAAUGGUUCAAAUAAAAUUACAAACUACUG